AUGGAUCCUUUACGAUAUUCGAAGUCGUACAGAGUAAACAAUGAGAACAAGUUGGAAUUUGGACUUUCGUUAGUACGAGUACGUUCGUGGGUCCACAGAUUCAUCAAUAACUGCCGUAGAUCAAGGGAAGAACGCACUCAUGGAGAACUCACAGCAGACGAGGUACGCAGCACAGAAGAAAAAAUUAUUAAAAAAGCACAGUACGAAAGUUAUCCUGACGAGAUCGAAGCUUUGAAGCAAAACAGAAAUCUACCAAAAAAGAGCUCUAUCCUUACGUUUACACCGAUAUUAAUGGACGGACU